AUGCGGCUGCCGGCGACCGCGCCCAGAGCCCGGGACAGAGCAAGUGCCCAGCGUGCGGGGGGGAAUCACUGUGUGGGCGGGACCACCUCACUUCCGGGGGGCGAGGGCGAUACCAAGUCACUUCCUCCAAGACCGAGACCAGCUAUCCCGCGUUCCGAUGGGAGAUACCAACUCACUUGCGGGGAUGAGGUGGGGGCGCUCGUCUUUGACAUUGGCUCGUUCUCAGUCCGAGCUGGCUACGCCGGAGAAGACUGCCCCAAGGCGGAUUUCCCCACCACGGUGGGGCUGCUGGCCCCCGAGGACGCGGCGCUGGAGCUGGACGGGGAGAAGGAGAAGAAGCCGGGGAAGGUUUAUUACAUCGACACCAACUCGCUGCACGUCCCGCGGGAGAACACCGAGGUCCUGUCGCCCCUGAAGAACGGCAUGAUCGAAGACUGGGAUUGUUUCCAGGCCAUCCUGGACCAUACCUACGGCAAACACGUCAAGUCGGAGCCCGGCCUGCACCCCGUGCUCAUGUCUGAGGCACCGUGGAACACCCGGGCCAAGCGGGAGAAGCUGACCGAGCUGAUGUUCGAGCAUUACGCCAUCCCGGCCUUCUUCCUCUGCAAGACCGCCGUGCUCACCGCCUUUGCCAAUGGGCGCAGCACGGGGCUGGUUCUGGACAGCGGGGCCACCCACACCACGGCCAUCCCUGUGCACGACGGGUACAUCCUGCAGCAAGGGAUCGUGAAGUCGCCGCUGGCCGGGGAUUUCAUCUCCAUGCAGUGCCGGGAGCUCUUCCAGGAGAUGAACAUUGAGAUCGUGCCCCCCUACAUGAUCGCUGCCAAGGACCCUGUGCGUGAGGGGGCCCCCCCCAACUGGAAGAAGAAGGAGAAGCUGCCUCAGGUCUCCAAGUCCUGGCACAACUACACCUGCAAUGAGGUGAUCCAGGAUUUCCAGGCCUCAGUGCUACAGGUCUCUGACUCCCCAUAUGAUGAGCAGGUGGCUGCCCAGAUGCCCACCGUACACUACGAGAUGCCCAACGGGUACAACACGGACUACGGGGCCGAGCGGCUGCGCAUCCCCGAGGGGCUCUUCGACCCCUCCAACGUCAAGGGUCUCUCCGGUAACACCAUGCUGGGCGUCGGGCACGUGGUGACCACCAGCAUCGGCAUGUGUGAUAUCGACAUCAGGCCGGGUCUCUAUGGCAGCGUCAUUGUAACUGGGGGCAACACCCUGCUCCAGGGAUUCACCGACCGGCUGAACCGCGAACUGUCGCAGAAAACGCCCCCCAGCAUGCGCCUCAAACUCAUCGCCAGCAACAGCACCAUGGAGCGGAGAUUCAGCCCCUGGAUUGGGGGGUCCAUCCUCGCCUCGCUAGGCACCUUCCAGCAGAUGUGGAUCUCCAAGCAGGAGUACGAGGAGGGCGGGAAGCAGUGCGUGGAGCGGAAAUGCCCCUGAUGCAGCCGGCGCCCCCUGGCGGUGGGGCUGGGGUCCCCGCGGGCACCUGCCCCCUGGGUCCCCGCCCCAAGCCCCCCCUCCACAUCCUUAUCCCAUGUCCUUUCAUCAUUACCCCCUCCCCUCCCAGAACUGGGGAGAGAACCCAGGAGUCCUGGCUCCCAGCCCCCCCCCCCCGCUCUAACCCACCAGCCCCCCACUCCCCUCCCAGAGCCAGGGAGAGGACCCAGGAGUCCUGGCUCCCGACCCUCCCCCGCUUUCUAACUCCCUUAUAGGCAGGGGUUAAAGCAAAGCACGGGGGUGGGGGGCGGUGGGGCUGUUAGUGGUAGAGGGGCUUGAGUUCGGACUGUGGGGUGGCCCAUGACAGGGGGCGCCCCUGUGGGUCAGAGGGAGAACACAGCCCCCCCAUUCUUUCCCUACUCCCCCCCAGUCACAGCCCCCCAUUCGCUGUGCCAUUCCCCCCCCCCCGUGCCCCUCGCUAGCUCGUUACGUGCUUCGUUAAUUGCCUUGCUUCAUUUUCAUGGGUGCAAACGUGGCGUCUAGACGGCGGCUCGGAAUAAACG